GAACUACUGCUAACCAUGGCAGCGCCUCCGCCUGGCCAGGCCAAGGAAGAUAUAGGAGGAUUUAAACGCUACAAGUUGGAAUUCAAAGACGCCAAUAAAGAGUUCUGGACAGCGGGACACGCCGAGGUCAAGAUCAUUACUUUGGGCUGCUUAAUCGCUGCACUGUGCCUCUUCGAAACAGUGGCCACACACCCCGUCCUGGUCCUGCUUCUCACUAUGGAAGUGUCCAUCUUCUCUUUCUACCUGUUCUUUUACAGCUUUGCCAUCAACAGAUAUUUGCCCUUCAUCUUCUGGCCUAUUGCUGACCUCCUCAAUGACCUAUCUGCCUGCGUCUUCCUCAUCGGUGGCAUAGACUAUGCUCACAAGGCUAGACGCACGUUUCCAGUGCCCUACUUAGCUGGUAUGAUCCUUAUGGCAGUGGCCGCCUUUUUUGCUAUUGUCGACCUAUGUCUUCAAAGGAAACAAUUCAAAGCCAAGAAGCUCCGAAAGCUCGCUCUGCUUGCCCCAGACAAGGAUGGCAAGAUGCCAGACCCAGGUCUCCAAGCAAUGCUGGAGGCCGCCAGAGAAGAGGAGGAGGCAAGGCAGAAGGAACAGGAGGAGAGGGAGAGGAAAGCGAAGGAAGAAGAAUUGAAGAAGAAGAAGAAGGAGGCGGGGAAGAAACAGGGGAAGGGAAAAAAGGGCAAGAAGGAAAAGAAGAAGUGACCGGACAGCGACGCACGUGGUCAGGAGGGGCAGCCAGCUUUGCCGCCAGGCCUCUCUGCACGUCCCUUUGUCAGCUUCCUCGCAUAGUUUUCCAUCAAUAAACACCUCUUGG